GUAAUGUGAACCCUGGACUUCACUGCUGGUCAUCAUGGGAUGUGGCACCUCCAUCGCCACGGAAACACAAGGGAAGAAAGUGGAGACAGAUGAAGCAGUGGUAAAGACUACUCCGGCUCUGACUAUGAAGGCAGCGGUGUUGAUCCAGCGAUGGUACCGGCGCUACAUGGCCCGUCUGGAGAUGAGACGCAGAUACACCUGGAACAUCUUUCAGUCCAUUGAAUACGCUGGUGAACAGGACCAGCUACAGCUCUCCAGUUUUUUCAGUUUCAUGCUGGACAACUUUACUCAGCUGAGUGGAAACGGUCCAGACUUGAUUUCCCAGCUGCUGGACCCAGUGGUCGACCCCUGGUUAGAGAGAGAGACCUGCUACAGCCUGAUUUCUGUCCCAGACUCGUACGCCGGGCCCCGGUUAUCGUUUCCUCUCUCUGUCUCGGACAUGAACGCUCUGCUUAGCGCGUUUAAAGAGCAGCAGACUCUGCACGCCAGGUAUGUCCUGCAGCUGCUAUACGAGACCAAAAAACUGCUAAAACAGAUGCCCAACAUCAUCCACCUGUCCACGUCCUACAUCAACGAGAUCACCAUAUGCGGUGAUUUGCACGGGCGGCUGGAUGACUUACUUCUAAUAUUUUAUAAGAAUGGCCUUCCCUCCGCGGACACGCCGUAUGUGUUCAACGGGGACUUUGUGGACCGCGGGAAAAAGUCGAUCGAAGUGGUCAUCGUCCUGUUCGCCUAUCUUUUGCUGUAUCCCGACUACGUGCACUUGAACCGCGGAAACCACGAAGACCACAUCAUGAACCUCAGAUACGGCUUCACCAAAGAAGUCAUGCAGAAGUACAAGGCUCAUGGACACGAGAUCCUCCGGCUGAUCCAGGACAUUUUCAGCCUCCUGCCACUCGCGACAGUUAUUGAUGGGAAGAUCCUAAUCGUGCACGGAGGGAUAUCAGACCAGACCGACUUGGACUUCCUCGGCUCCAUAGAGAGGCACAAGGUGAAAUCUGCCUUGAGGUUUCCCAGACGCAGUUUGGAGGAGCUAGACCUGGGUCAGUCCUAUAGAAAAGCAAAGAGAAUGAGAUCGUCGGGCGGUUCUCGUCCCAGCAGCAGUCGUAACCAGAGCAAGAACCAAAAAACGCCCACUCUGAGGAAGAGACGACACGGUGUCAGACGUCAAGACAGCAACGGCUCCUGUUCGUCCUCAUCGUCCUCGUCCUCAUCCACGUCUUCAAUCUGCUCUCCACGAACUCCGUCCUGCCUCUCACCUCACCCGUGCCUAUCUCCUCCCAGCACUCCUUACACUGUCAAUGUCCUCCAAGUGCCCUUUCUGGACUCUCUGUCCUCUGUCCCCCACCCGGAGCCUCCACAACAUGAACAGGAAUGGAAACAGGUCAGGCGAGCAGAUUCAGGGGAAUUCACCGACCUUGAUUUUGCGACAUUUAUCAGCUUCCUUCUCCCUUUGCAGAUUGUGGAUAUAUUAUGGAGCGACCCUAAAACCCAAGAAGGAUGCAGCCCCAACACGUUCAGAGGUGGAGGCUGCUACUUUGGCCCCGACACCACCCAGAGACUGCUGCUGCAGCACGGACUCAAGCUGCUCAUCAGGUCCCACGAGUGCAAACAGGAGGGAUAUGAGCUGUGUCACGGUGGACAGGUGAUCACUAUUUUCUCAGCGUCUAACUACUACGAGGAGGGAAGCAACCGUGGUGCCUACAUCAAACUGGGCAGAGAACUGGUUCCCCGCUUCUACCAGUACCAAGUCAGCCGCACGACACGCAAGCUCACCCUGACACAGAGCAGAGUACGAGCUGCUGAAGGUUCUGCUUUCAGGGCUUUGAAGGAGAAGCUGUUCUCUCACCGCUCUGAGCUGAUGGCAGGCUUCCAGCAGCACGACCACAAUAACACAGGCUGCGUGUCGCUCAGCGAGUGGGCUCAGGUGCUGGAGUCAGUGCUGAGACUGGACCUGCCCUGGAGGACACUCCGUCCACAAUUAACUCGCCUGACACCAGAUGGCAGUGUGGAGUAUCAGUCGUGCUUCGAAGACAUGGGACCAGGGAUUUCUCUGCCUCAGGUCACUCCAAACUUGGCUGAAACUCUGUUCAGAUACAGAACAGACAUCGAGAUCAUAUUCAACAUCAUAGACAAAGACCAUUCAGGUCUGAUCUCCACCGAGGAGUUCCGUCAAACCUGGCGCCUGUUCAGUGCCCACCUGGGCGUCGACAUUGACGACAGAGCCAUCGACGACCUGGCGCGCAGCAUCGACUUCAACAAGGACGGCAGCAUAGACUUCACGGAGUUCCUGGAAGCCUUCAGAGUGGUGCACAAGCUGGACAGCAAGGAUACACACCUCAGUGGAAAGAUAGACAGAGACAAGUGUUAAACAGUGACCUAUGAUCCUUGUGAUGCUGCUGUGUUUGUUUAGUUCACAUUAUUUUUUUUCUUAUUGUAGGUGUUUUACUUUACUCAUAACAGUUUAUGUUAUAAUUUACACAAACUCGGUGAAGAGCAGCGUAGGGCUUUUAUUUUGACAUUUUAUUUUUUCAAUCCCAACUUCCUCUGUUGUUUUGGGAGCGAGUCAAGUGACACAAGAGCAGCCGUGACACAUUUAUCUCUGAAAAUGACGUUUGUAGUUGUUCAUCAACCUUUGUAAACCUGUAAAAUAAAUCUUGGGGGCGAAAUCCAAGUUUGUAUGUUUAUAGAAAAUAAAUAUUUGUACUGUUGAAAAAUG